AUGUUUGAUCCAAAUGAAAAAAAGAAAUAUUUUUCUUCUAAGAAAAACAAAAAUAAUGGUGAAGAGGAAAUUCUGAAAAAUAUUCCUUUCAAUGUUAAUUCCGGACGAAAUAAUUCAUAUCAAUCAAAUUUUGAACAUUUGAAUAAUGAUACAUUUAACGUAGAACCCUUUACGAAUCAAAUUAAUUCUCAAGAUUUCAAAAACGGUUUUAACUAUAGUCAAAAAUUCUCCAAAUUUGAUAAUGAUAGCUCCCAUAAAAGGAAAAAUUAUGAAUAUUUUAAAAAUAAUUAUAAAACUGAGAAUCCAAAUAGCUUUAUCCUUGAAGAUAUUUACGAGAAAACUGAUUAUUUAAUUGGCCAAAAUUUAAACGAAAACAAUUGGAUAGAUUCGAACAAUUGGCAUUCUACAAAGAUUAAAAAUAAAUUAUUAAAGAAUGGAACACUAACUUCAGUUCCACAUAAUUUCUCAAGUUCAAAUACCAAUACACUCUCCAGUUCAUAUUCAAAUACGAAUAGUGAUAACACUGGUAUCAAUUCAAAAUAUACGUUAGAUACCAAUACACACUCCAAAACGGAUUCUGAUUCGAAUUCGAAUUCAAACACACUUUCAAUUGGCAGCUUUGAUAAUUUUGUUAAAAUUGAUAAUAAGAAUAUUGAUAAUUCCAAUAACGUUAUAAAAAUGAAAAAUAUAACAAAUUUUGAGAAAUGUACAGCUCUAUUUAUAAAAAACCUAGAUUCAAUAAUAACUGAGAAAGAUUUGAACACUUAUUUUAAAAAAUAUGUUUCAUUUGUUUCUUCUAAGCUAUGUAAAGAUUCCAAGACUCAAAACUCUUUAGGAUAUGGGUAUUUAAAUUUUAAGGAUAAUUUUGAAAUUGAAAAGAUAAUUGAUGAAAACUGUUACAAAAAAAAUAUCUUUAAUAAUAAAAAAGAAAUUAUUAUUAUGCCAUCAAUUAGAGAUAAAACAUCUCUACAGAAUUUCGGAACAAAUGUAUUUUUUAAGAACUUACCAACAGAAAAUCCUUUGCUAACAACAAGAUUCUUUUAUGAUUAUUUUAAAAAAUUUGGUAAAAUUAUUUCAUGUAAGAUUGAAUUUGAAAAAAAAAUUGGUUUUAUUUUCUUUAAGAAAGAAACAGAUGCAAAAAAUGCAAUUGAACAAUCAAAUGGUCAAAAGUUUUUGAAUGACGUGAUUUACUGUAAUAUCCAUUUUAAUAAAAUUAUAAGAAAUUUAAAAUUUGAACAAAAUAUAGUUAAAAAUCCCGUUCCUAAUGAAAUUAGACAUAAUUUGACUAUUGAACCCAAAUUAACACCCAUUAAAAACACUAUCCAUAUUUCAAAUUUACCAAAUUAUAUACUGAAAAAGGAUAUUUUACGGUUUAUGCCAAAAUCGGUAGAUAAGAAAGAUAUAAUUGUUAAGACACAAGAUAAAACCACAAAUUUAAGAGAAGUAUUUAUAAAAUUCAAUGAUUUGAAUGAUUCUACAGUAACAUUCGGUAAAUUAAAAGACUGUGAAUUCGAAGGGAAAACAUUAACUGUAGAUUUAAUAUCUUUCCCUAAGACUUUAGAAAAAUUAGCAAACGCAUCAUCACCAGCAAAACUAAGGGUAUAUUUAGAAAAUCUAAGCGUUGUUUGCAAUCCGGAGUUUUUGAAGUAUUUGACAGUGCAAGAAAAAAUUGAUGUGAAAGAUAUAAUAAUUACAUCCUAUAUUCAAGAUCCCUUAACCUUUUUUGGCUAUAUAUCAUGCAAAGAAAGUAAGGAUGCAUUGAAAUUAUAUAAAUUUCUCAAAGGCAGAUUAGUUGGUGGUAGUAUUAUUAAUACCUCUUGGGAAUCACAUGAACCUUUAAAUGCAAUUAAAAUAGAAGUGAAUAAAGAUGAAAAUAUAAGCGAAAUUAAAACUAGUACAAACUCUGAAGCCAAAGCUUCUGAGGAAAAUAGUAAUGUCCUUAAAAGACCUAUGGAUCCAACUAAUGUUAAAGUAUAUCCAGAUUAUAUUAUUUGUCUCAAGAAAUUUUCACCGCCAAAAAUACCUUAUUACUCAGAAUUUAAAACAAGAAGACAAAUUAUUGAUCAACUGAAAAAGAAAAUUAGGGAAAAAAUUGAAUUUAUUAAGUUUCCAUUUGCUACAAGAGAGGAAAAUCUAACUUGUAUCGCAGAAUUUAUAUUUGAUAUUUAUUGGAAUGGGGACGGAAAGAAUAUUCUACUAUUCUUAAAUCAAGUAAAAUAUAUUCCUCAAACUAGACAAUUAUUCCUUCAACAGAUUGAAGAGGCAGCAAGUGUUUUAGGAUUUGGAAGAACUUAG